AUGGUCUCGGAUAGGAGAAGCUUGACGCUGGCCGAGUCGCUCUCUCUGACCGACGAGGCUCGGAUCGUGUGCGAGUCGGCGCCGCCGUACCGCAUCAUCCACACCAAUGUCGCCUGGAAAGAGGCAUGCGGUUUCUCAUUCAUCGAGGGUGAGGAGACGCAGCGGGCGGCGCUCGAAACGCUCAGCCUCGCACUGCAGCAGAAGCGGCCCGUCAAUGUGAAGCUGAUCAAUUACCGCAAGGAUGGCACGCCAUUCCUCAACUCGCUGCACGUCGCGCCCGUCAAGGGCGGGUCGCACUUUUACGGGCGAUUCGUCACCGCGCAGCCGAUCACCGACGGCUCGGUCGCUCCACGAGAGGAGACGCCCGAGCUCAACCCCGUUCCCGAGGCACCCGUUAGCUACGUCGGCAAGGGCGGCGGCCGCUGCCAGCGGAGGGUGUCGCAGGCGCAGCUUGCCGACAUGCUGGAGAGCGAGGACCCGUACGUGCUCUGCUCGAGCGAGUGGCCGCACGUCAUCACGCACGCCUCGCCCGCGUGGUGCGAGAUGUGCGGCUACAUGGCGGAGGAGGUGGAGGGGCUCACCAACAAGAUCCUUACCGGCCCCGACACCGACUCAGAGGCGCUCGCCUCGCUGCUCGCGCACGUGCGCGCCGAGGAGCCGACCGUGCAGACGGUGUGGAACUACAAGAAGGGCGGCGAGCGCUUCCUCAACCAGGCGGCGGUGACGGUGCUGCCUCUCUACGACGAGUCGCACGAGCUCGCCGCCUUCGCUUCCAUCCUCAAGGAGGUGGACAGCGAGGACCUCGCCAUCGACGCAGAUGCGUGGCGCCGCCUCAGCGCCGAGUUCGCCGACCGCGCGCUCGCCGAGCUCGUGCGCAGGCUGCUUGGCGAGCGGCCGGCGGCACCCGGCUCGGAGGAGGAGGGCGCGGUGUGGCAGCGCGUGGCUCAGAUCCUGCCGGCGCGCAUCGCGACCGAGGUCAUCGACGGCCGCCCGCCCGACAUGUCCCCCGCGGCGGCGCGUGCGAUCAUCGAAGAGACGCGACGCAACGCCUAGCUUUGGCGUUGGCGCAUAGUCCGCGCCUGAGCAUCCAGCAUGUGCCCCCGCGGCGGGCUUUCUGCCGCCUGGCGACGCGGAUGCCAUCGCAUGCGACCGACGCUCGAAGAAGGUCGAUUUUUGGCAUGCGCAGCGUCGCGGUUCGCACAGUCACAUGCAUUUGGCAAGCAUAUCGUUACUGUCUGUUCUUUGUUCCCACCCAACACUUGUCACUUUUUGGGUGGGGCUUGCGGUUUUUUCUAAUUUCUUCAAGGUCGGGG